CGCAUCGUUGGAAAGGCGGACCCGCUUGACAGAUGUUCGCCGCCUCUCUUUCUUAAUCUUAAAGCAUUUCGUGAGAUGUAUAGGUGUAAUCGCGCUUGUGAUUCUGUAAACAAUCAAUUUUCCUUAUUUUUUACACAAAUUUUGACAUAAAUUUAGUAUAACUUUAAUCAUUUUUAUCAAAAUAAAAAGAUGUGUUACAUAAAAGAUGUAGAAAGUGAGGUUAUUUUAAAUAGAAAGCAAAUUCUUGGCAGUGCACAUAACCGUUAUUGAAGAAUUUGGGAGUGUGCGUGAAAGACGCGAUUUAAACAUGAUAAAACGUGCCUGAUUAAAUUUCUCACAUCAACGAUGGAAGAUUUCAAUGAUGGAAUUGAGGGGCAGCAAGCCUCCCGUUUACGAACAGCAAAUCCGGAGCAAUUCUUCACUCUUGUCAAAAUGCACUUAUCUUUUGAAUUGGAUCGCAAUACAGAAGAUUUUGAAUUGCCGGAGUUUGAAGUUUUUACUCCAUCCUGUUAUGGUUUUCCAAAAAAAUUGAAUAAUGUUUGGCGAGAAGCUAAACACCUUAUGAGUUCACCUUUAAUCAAUGCUAGAUCUAAUGAGGCAUUGUUCUCUUCUUGCAAUGAUUGCGUUAUGGAGAAAGCGAAACUUAAAAAGUGGGGUCUGAUAAGCUUUUCAAAAAAAUCAAAGUCAUCUUUAAAUCUACAUAAAGGACCUGAAGGUGUUCCAUUGACGCAAGAGGGAAUAAAACAAGUCAAGCGACUAAUUAAUUAUUUAUCCCAGGAGGAAUGUAUUCUUCAAGAAGGGAUUUUUCGACGAACUGGAAAAUUAACAAGACAACAAGAUUUGAAGAAUGCCCUUCAUCAGGGUCUUUCUCUGGAUUUUGAAGAAGGUCGUUUUAGUGUUCAUGAUUGUGCAUCUGUUCUGAAAAAUUUUUUGGCAGAUCUCCCAGAACCACUUUUGACCGAUUCACAUUAUCCCGUUCACUGCCAAAUAGCAGAAUUAUGUAGUCCAGAAACGAGUGCAAAUGAUGCCAGACUUUUGAGGUCAUUGCAGCUUUUGUUGUUACUUUUACCACCGAUAAAUAGAGUUUUACUGAAGCACUUGUUGAAUCUUUUAAAUAAAACUGCUUCUUUUGAAAACAGUAACAAAAUGAAUUGUGAUACUCUCGCUACGCUAUUCACACCACAUUUAAUGUGUCCGAGAAAAUUAUCACCCGAAGCUUUACAUAUUAACUCGCAAAAUUUAUCGGUUAUUGUUGCAUUCAUGAUUAAAAAAGGUUUAGAGUUGUUCGAAAUUCCACCAAAAUUAGCAAUGGACGUAAGAGCUUAUUGGGUGGACCAAGAAAGAAAACUUCUAAGUCCAAAAAAGUCUGACUUAAAUGAAUCAAUGUCAGACACUACAGGAACUGCUCAUACCGUUUUUAGUUUUGUGGAUCAUCAAUUAACAGCUCAAGCUACGGCCUCUCAAGACACACAGGCGGCAUUGGCUCAGCUCUAUGCAUACAUUCAAUCAAUGCCUGAAUCUGCCAAGAAACGAAAACUCGUUAAACAGUUCAAUAAAGAAAAUGGUCAAGGCACUCCACGACACGUGAAAAAUGUUCGCACAAAAAGUUUAGGAGAUUCUAUAAAAAAGCAUAUUUUCCAAAAGAAGUUAUUGGGUCAUAAAAAACUUUUGGACUUGAAACUUGGAUGUAAUUUCAGUAGAUCGAGCAGCGAAGAAAAUAUGUUAUCUGUGCCUCUCGAUAAACCACGUCUUCCUCCGAAAGGGACCUUAAGUAAAUCAGAAGAUGAACUUAGUUCGGAUAGUUUUAAUAUACUUGAAACAGAUAAUUUGCUUAAAAUUAAGCAUAUGAGUAGUAGCACUGGAAGCCUACAUACACCCAUCUUAUCAAUGUUUAAAGCUGAGAAGGCGAGAUUAAUAAAUUUCUUAAGCAUUGACGAAGAGCAUUCUCGAACCGAAAACUACAGUGAAACGAAUCUCAGCGAAAUUGAGGAACAUUUAAAUUCUCAUCGGAUAUCUGGCAAUGAAAAAGCAAACUCAAAAAUUUCCAAACACGUUAGAUUAUCCCGACACUGCAGUGAACCACCAAAUAUGUAUUCGUCACAAGCAAGUUUAGAUGAUUUAAGUGAAAAUGAAAAUUUUGUUCGUCAAAAUUCGGAUCCUACAAUUGCCACUUCAAAAAGAACAAAUAUGGAUGCUCUAUUUACACCGAAAAUAUCAAUUUCAAAUAUUGGAUCAAGAUAUUCGACUUCUGAUAAGGAUUCAAGGAAAUCGGAAGGAACGAGUAGUGCAACAGGUGUUAAAUAUGCCUCGCCUAUGAAAAGUAUAUUAAGAAACAUGUUUACUGCUCACACUUCAACGCCAUCAAAUUUUUUGCAUCGUAAUUUAACAGCCAACGAAUAUAUAUUAACCCCAAUUACGGAUAAUGAUAAAAGCAUGAGUCCUAUCACACAAAGUGCUACCAAGAUGAGCAAAACAAUGCAGGAAAAUAUAAUGACACCAAGAUCUCGGAAACCUGUGAUGAUGUUGUCAACCACUAGUAUUUGCAAUUUUCCAGCUUUGCAACGUGAUUCAAUACCAUCUAGUUCUUAUUUACGAGGUUUCAAUGGAGAUCUUGAAUUUAGAAAUGAUUGUGCUUCAAUUAUGGAAGAAUCUCCCGAUACAUAUAGUGAAAACAUUAUAGUUGACAAUAAGGAAAAUGUUCAGGAGGAUGUAAAAAAUAAUCAGAAUUUAAUUUUCUCGACAGCUGAUGAGAUUUCAAGCGCACAAAAAAGUUCCUCCAUCACUAGUACUUUCAGAGAGUAUCUUUUGUCGAGAAGCGUUCUGGAUGCAAGUCCCGUAGAUUUGAGUUUUACAUCUCGAACCGGGGAUUUUGAACCUUCUGAAUCUGAUAUAAAUAUUCUCAACGAAGACACACUAUCUGACAGUCUUCUUCAUUGUUUGGAUGGUAAUAAUCCCGGGUCAGAUACUUCAGGAAUAGCUUCCGGCAGCACUAACAGUGCAGAUAAUUCCUCGGAAAUAAUGGAUGAAGUACUUUCUCCAAGAAAACGCGGUACCAGUUUACAGCGUAACGAUUCCAAACGUACAAUUAAGGACAAAGUGACAUUGAGCAAUUCUAAAAAUCAGUCAUUGAUGCAUAAACAUGUCAGUGACUCGAAUCUAAGCUCACUCAGAAUGAAUGAAGCAGUAAAUGAAACUGCUUUUUGAAAACAAAAAAUAUAUACUUAUGUGUAAGUAAGAGAAAUGAUUUAGAUCUGAGCUUAAACAAAAAUGAUAUGUUUAAGUUUAAAUUGUUAUUGUAUUUAAAUAAGAGACACAGGUGAAGUUAGACCGUUUCUUAUUGCAUUAUUUUUUUUACUGUAGCAGCGAAUAAUGCUACAACGACGUUGCAACGUGAAAUAUACUGCGAAUAGUAUGAAAGUUUGGAUCGAUAGUUUUAUGCCUCCUAUAUUUUUUAUUAUUAUACUAUAUAAGUAAAUCGUGAAACUAUUAUCCGAAGUAUGACUGUUGUCAAGAAGCACUGUAUUCUUGGAAAACUUCUUGAAGUAAUAAUAAACUGAUAUAUUCGGAA